AUGAUUGAAAGCAAAGUUCGUACGGCUCAGUACCUCAGGGAUUUUCCGGAACUCUCCGAACACCUUAAUAUUUUGGAAAAGAAAGGCCAGGGCACGUUUGCAUCUGUUUUUAGUGUACAAGCCAAGCAUGACAAAGAGUCAAAACGGAUAUAUGCUUUGAAAAUGCUCAUCCCCACAGUUGACGUUCGCAGAAUUGAAAAUGAGGUACGUAUCCUCCGUCGACUUGGGGGCAGUUAUCAUGUAAUCAAAAUGCAUACAGCAUGGCGUGUUCGUGACCACGUCUUCAUUCUUAUGCCAUUCAUAAGCUAUGUUCCGUUUGGGGAGUAUUAUCUUACCGCUGACGAAACCGAAGUUAUACGCUACAUGCGCUGUCUCCUUCAAGCUCUAGCCUAUAUUCACAAAUAUCGAAUCAUCCACCGAGAUGUCAAGCCAACAAAUUUUCUAAUUGAUCAACACACGCGACGUAUGUACCUCGUUGACUUUGGUUUGGCCCAUUCGGAAGCGUACGGAGACGUAGAUGAACGUUGGGAAUUGGACUGCGACUCUUACGAUAACAAAGAUAGCCGUUUACCAGCAAGUUCAAAUAAUCGAUGUUCAAAGAGAAACCAUCCCUCUGAGUCGGAAAAGCCAGCCAAGACUCCCAAGCUAACGGACCACACAUCGCCUAUUGCAUCUUUUAACCUCCCGGGAGAAAUCAGAGGUCGAAUAUCUCCUGGUAUUGCCGGUAGAUCUCCACAUUCGGAAAGCCGAUCAAUCUAUCGAGCUACCCAAAACAACUUCCCACCGAAGCUGAACAUGAGUCAUAUCCAAACGACACAGGCAGCAGCUCCGCCAAUUCCAGGUAACUGUGUGUGCGCAUUCCGCCUCACAGUGUGUCGGGUUUGUCGGCAACUUCCCCGACUUAAUGCUGCACGUCGCGGUGGCACACUUGGAUUUAGACCUCCUGAAGUAAUGAUGCGACAUGUAGAUCAGACUACUGCUGUGGAUGUUUGGGCUGCUGGAGUGAUUUUUUUGUCGUUUCUUUCUGGUCGGUACCCAUUCAUCAAGGUGGAUGAUGAUCUGGAUGUGCUACACGCUUUUACCCAUCUUCUGGGAUAUGAGCGUAUGCAAGCCUGUGCCAAAACUUUGGGCAGGCGUCUUCUAGUCGACCCAAAGCCACCGCCCAUGAACACAGUCGAUACGCCUUGUAUGUGGCUGAAAGCUCGGUGCAUCGCGAUUCGACGUCACGAAAAGAAAUUCAUCGGCCUUCCUCCCCUUCUGUCCAAGGCGGUUGAUAAGGAGAAUCAGUCUCCGGGGUCACAGGGGACCGAAGCAAAGAAUAGCACCAGUCAGUUCGCACUCCCCGCUUCCCACGUGUUUCCUACAGCAGCUUAUGAUCUCCUGGCCCGAUUGCUGGAACCGAAUCCAAAUAAACGCAUUUCAGCCAGUGACGCUCUGAGGCAUUCUUUUCUUCACUUGACAAAGACCAACACGCCCGUAACCGGUGCACAUGCCACAAAAGUGGGUUCUGUUGCCCCAGCGAGGUCACGCGCCGCUCGGAAGGAUGACGAGUCUGUUUUCAGACUACGAGCCCAAUUUUGCUGAAAAUAGGCCCGUUUUUAACGCCAGAUGUAUCUCCCUUAUCCGUCACAAUCCACAAAAUAUGCUUCGAAAAGGUUUUUUUUUACAAAAUAGCAAAGUAGCACUCAGUCUUGUUUUUUAAAAGAUUCAUUUGGAUCAUCGUCAGAAGAGGAGUUCAAAUUUCCUAUGAACACCUCAAACGCAUGUACAAGCCGGUCAUCUUCCGCAUUCAUAAAUGCGCGGAAAUCAGCUAGCAUUGCAUCCUGGAAACAUUCAUCACCGGUUAGGUAGCAACGCCGUUUCCUGGGUAACAUAUGAUUCCAAGCCCAAAAGAAACCGACGUUCAGUUGUUCUACAAAACAAGCAUUGUAGUACUCAGGAUUGUCUACUGCAUUUCCUCUGCCUGUUUGAGGUGUGCUUGGGGUUGAAAACGCAGAAUCCAUUUUCUGAGGAGAUUUCGAAGAGUUCAUUGGGUUGCAC